GAGGAGAUUCGUUAAGGAGAAAUUAAACAUGUAGUUUACUGUUGAAAUUAUCGUGUAAAAAAAACGUGCUCAAUUGAUCUUGGUGAUAAAAUAAAACAGCAUCAGUGAGCUUUGCUUGCUCCUAAUCGCACAUGGAUUUUAACCUUGAACGCACCCGAGCAUUAAGUUUUCAUCGCCCAUGAAAUGGUUACAUUUUUUUGUAUUUAUAAAUAGACUCACGUUUCUCAUCCCAUAUUGAAUUAAUAAGCAGCCGAUAUUUGUGAAUGGGGCUCGUUCGUGCAGAGACCAGCUCGUAACCGCAUUUAUGCAAAACAUCACUUAAAACAUCUCUCAUAUUCCUGUGCAUAAAUGUGAAAAUAAUAAUCUUUUACACCAAAAUGUAGGCCCGUGUGGCUGCCAGUCUGACCCCCCCUCCCUUCCGUCGAUGGUACAGUCUUGGUUCAUUCAUAAAAUUCUAGCAGAGCAUAAAAGGAGGGGCUUGCAUUCUAGUCGUCCAGUUACCAGGUAUAUACCUGGAGAACAGACCCGAGCCGCUCUGCCCAGCGGAAGGCCACAGUCAUAUUUGUCAUUGAUCAGGACUGGAGUGUGUGUGUGUGUGUGUGUUUUUUCCCCCCCCUGCUUCCUCUUGGUGAUGUAUCACAACAACCUGACGCCUGACAUGGAUCCAGUCUCUCCCACCUGCCGGACAGAGUCUCCUGUCGGGACACUGAGCCUGAAGACGCCAGAGGAGGCGAGCUCUCCUGCCUCCUCCUCAGAGAGCAAUGCAAAGGAGGUCUGCCAUGACAUGAGCGCACAAGACACAGCGUUUGUUCCAACAGUUACAGCAAUUUCCUCUACCCCAGAUUUCCAGUGGAUGGUCCAGCCUACAAUUAUUACAUCUGUCUCCCCGUCUCUGGGUAGCAAGCAAGCCAAUGAACCGCAAAGCUCUCACCAGGCAACACCCAAAGCAGGCGGGAAUAAGGGAAAAAAUGCUGUCAGGAAGGGGAAAGCGGAGCAGCUGUCUCCAGAGGAGGAGGAGAAGAAAAGGAUAAGAAGGGAGAGGAAUAAAAUGGCCGCAGCCAAGUGUCGCAACAGACGGAGGGAACUGACAGAUACACUGCAAGCUGAGACAGACAAGCUGGAGGAGGAAAAGGCGGCACUGGAGACGGAAAUAGCCAACCUCCUCAAAGAGAAAGAACGGCUUGAAUUCAUCCUCACUACGCAUAAACCGGUGUGCCAGAUGUCAGAGGAGCUGGAGUCUAUUUUCCAGGAGCCCACAGGGUCCCCGGAGCUGCCGCCCAGUCCGGACGAGGACAGACUUCCAGAGGAUGGCAUCCAGGAGGCUCCUUCGCUCCAGGACAUGGACAUCCCCAGUGAUCCGUCCAUAGCCAUCUCUGGGAACUCCAACAUCUUGCUGUGUGCCAGCGCUGAAAUCAACAUCUGCGAUCUCGAGCCCUCCCUGGACAUUAAGGAGGACCUGCUGGACAAUAUGCUGCCCAGUUUGGAGGAGAAAACCCCCAUGGAGACGGCUCGCUCGGUGCCAGACAUCGAUCUGAGCAGCUCUCUGGGGGUCUCGGACUGGGAGACCCUGUACAAGUCUGUUUCCAGCGACCUGGAGCCCCUCAGCACUCCCGUGGUGACCUCCACCCCCACCUGCAGCAGCUACCUGUCCGUGUUCACGUUCGCAUGUCCUGAGCUGGACUCGCUCACAGAGGGACUAGACAGCCAUAAAGGUGCAGGAAGCAAGAGUGAAUCCGUCGACAUCCUCAACUCUCCGACUAUCUUAGCCUUAUAAUCUACAGAGGGAAGUGAUCUGUGUGAUCUCUCUGGUUUCUCUGUUUGCAGGUUCACGAAUCUGAAAUGGUGACCAACGUAUGCCACAGUGUGCUGUAACACUUCAAGGAGUGCAGUCAUGAAAUGUUGUGUGUGUGACUAAGCAAACUUAUAAACUUUCUCCAGAUACAUAGCCAACAGAGUGAUGUAGCUAAAAGCAUGGCUUUUAAUUUAACCGGAGGGACUGAAGUCAGGUUUGAUUUUAAAAACGCAUGCUGAGAAAUUCCAAAUAAUUUUCAAAGCUCAUAUAUAUCUGAUCUGUUACUAGAUCUAAGGUGUAAUGUGGAAUUUACCGUGACAGUAUGGUUUUGUGUUUUUGGUGUCAAUAGUGUAUUGAUUGCUGUAAAUGUUGUAUUUACAUAUUCAUCUAUGUUCAGUAACUACAUACCUCAAUGUCAUCAACUGUGGUUUGACCUCAUUGUUAAAAUGUUGAAAGUUUUCCAUGAAAACAUCCAGUGCUAUAUACUAUAUAUAUAAAUAUAUCUUAUCAAGAUGUAACUUAUGAUUUAUUUUUUUACCUUUCAGAUUUUGACUUAUUUGUUAAAUUUAAAAAUAAGUAAAAUGGGCAUCGAUUGCUUAUUUAUGCUGCUGAAUAAUUACAAUAAAUCUACGUUCACAGUG